GAAGUGGAUUGAGAUCUUUUUAACAACAAGACACCAGCAAGUUUUACUAGAGGGAGAAAACAUCUGCAGAAACACCAGUGAUUUCAGAGAGUCGGUUUUCAGGCGAGGUCGGACGGCCGAGGUUGACAGCCAAUACAACCCCAAGGCCUUCAAGUUGGACCUACCCUCUCCUGGCUAGAACAGUGACCAAGAGGCGCCGGGUUCGUUCAGGGAAGCCGCACUACUGCAGCUGCUAUAGCUGACGGCAGACCGCCUGCAAACAGUCGCCGCAGCUGACGGUUUCAAAUUGAUGUCUGGGUCACAUAUGAAAUACUCUCUACACAUGUACACAGAGUUUGUUUAAGCUGCUGUUACUGUUUCCUUGGAGAUUGCAUCAAAGAGAGCAAUGGCAGAUAAAAUGGAGUUUGAGUUUGAUAAUCCAAGCAAGGAUAAUCAACAGUUUCAAGGCUCUGAGGAUCAAAACACAAACCCACAAAGUUUGGACUUAAGCUCCUUUGCAAUGCCCUUCCUUGAGAGUGAAGAACAAAUGGAAGAACCAGAAGGAGAGAAGAAACCACUUGUUAGUAGGUCAGGAAGUCAGAGUGGAUCCUCAUCCCCACAGAGCCCUCUGGAAUCUAGAAGAUACACAUUCCCUUCCAAACCCAUGAAGAGACGGUGGAAUAGUGGUCCUACUGCCCAGACAUCCAGUUUGCCUGGCAAAGUGAUGUACACAAGUCCCCAGCCACGUACAGCUGGGAAUUCACCACAGACAUUGGGUUUGGAACGACUGAAACUGAAGGAUUAUCAGAAAGAACCCGAAAGACGCACGCCAAGGAAGAAUCUGCAGAGGCAGUUCUCUGAGGGUGAGCAGUUUACAACAGCAUUUCAUCCGUUACAAGCCAUUGCUGAUAAUGAUUUAGGCAGUAUGGAGGUUGAUUCAGCAGAAGCUGAGGAGAUGACAUUUGUGCGCUUCAUGAAGAGUCAUAAAUGUUAUGAGAUCAUUCCAACAAGUGCCAAGCUGGUGGUAUUUGAUGUUCAGUUGUUGGUUAAGAAGGCAUUCUUUGCUUUGGUGUACAAUGGAGUCCGAGCAGCUCCCUUGUGGGACAGCGAAAAACAAGACUUUGUUGGUAUGCUAACAAUAACUGACUUUAUCUGCAUUCUGGAGAACUACUAUAAGUCCCCAUUGGUGAAAAUGGAUGAACUGGAAGAGCACAAAAUAGCAACCUGGAGAGAUGUAUUGAGUAAGAAGGCAAGACCUCUUGUUUGGAUUGAUCCAGAUGCCAGUUUGUUUGAAGCCGUUAGGAUGCUGAUUCAAUCUAAGAUUCAUCGGCUACCAGCUCUGGAUCCAGUGACUGGUAAUGUCAUCUACAUUCUCACUCACAAGAGGAUCCUCAAAUUUCUUGGAUUGCUGAAAAAUGAAAUCAGGAGUCCAGCGUUCUUGAAGAAGAGCCUGCAGGAACUUGGUAUUGGUACAUAUACUAACAUUGCAACUGCCAGGCCCAACACUCCUUUGAUCAAGGCUCUACAGAUCUUUGUUGACCGUAGAGUAUCAGCAUUGCCAGUUGUGGACGACAACAACAAGAUCAUUGAUAUCUAUGCCAAGUUUGAUGUCAUAAAUCUUGCCGCUGAGAAAACCUACAACAACUUGGACAUCACAAUUCAGCAAGCCCUGCAGUUUCGACAGACGUACUUUGAAGGCGUUCAUACAUGUCAAGCUUCUGAGAAGUUGGAAACUAUCAUGGAGAAAAUCAUUAGAGCAGAGGUUCAUCGUCUGGUAGUAGUUGAUGGUGAGAACCAUGUUGUAGGAGUUGUAUCGCUGUCUGAUUUGCUCAACUUUCUUGUGCUUCGGCCAGCAGGAAUAACAAGCAGGAAAUCAAGUGCUAAUUCACCAGAAACUGACAAAUGAAUUGAUGCGAGUGCAAGAACUUAAAGAGCACGACAGUGGCAAACACAGCCUGUCACAUUGAACAUAUGGAAUAAUGUGUAGGAAAAAGGAAAGGGGUCUCUGUAUGGCUUACUGCUUAUGAAGUAUACAUGUAGUAAUAUCAUGUAUCAUGUAGUUUUGGUUAAAAGUGAGGUGCUUUUAUCAUAAGCCAUGCUACAGUUCUUCCAAAUAAUUGACACUUCUUGAGCAUUUCAGAUGUUGGUGGCAGUGUGAAGAGCUGAAUUGCUUGCAGAUUUCACAUCCACAUUGUUCCGGGGGACUUGUGUAUUUUUUUUGCCUGGGUAAUUUUGUGGGUCCCUUUUAUAUGGAUUACAUUAUACAAAUGAGAUGUGUGGGAAAUCUCCCUCUCAAGAUUUGUGUUACAGAUUACCUGGUAUAAAGCUAUAUGAAGCCAGUAUGAACGAUAAACAGUUGCGGUGUGGGAUUUACAAGUGAUGUUGUAAGAAAAAAUUUAUAUUAUUAUUACAUAUUUUAGGUAAAUACAUGUACCUUGUACAAAUACCAUAAUAACAUGUGACAUAUGACAAAAGCAUUUGUGUGUGUAAAUAUAAAAAGGUUUUGGAAGCAAAGUACAGCAAAUAGUGAAGAUUCAGGAUAGUUACUCCAGCUGCCUAACCAAGACAGACAACUCAUGACAAGUAUGUACAUUUAGUCUCCCCUGCAUGAUAUACAUUUAGGUGGAAUAAAUCUUAUAUGGAACUCGAUUCUUGUUGGUAAAAUUAAUGUUUAAUUAUUUAAUAGUAUUAAUUGUAAAACAAUUUAUUUGAAAGUCAUUGUGCAGGUUGGAAGAGUGUUAUGAUUGCAUUUCAACUUGAGAAAAAUCAUGUUGUCAAUCCAUUGUUGGGGAGAAGAGCUCCAGGCUGUACCCUUGACACCACAUGUAAAAAACUAUUCAGUGCGGCCUUCUAAUAUCCAAGUAUUUUGGAUAUGUCAAGGAUCCAAUAACCAGGCACCAGGAAAGAGAGCAUCUAGUGGUAAUAUAAUGCCCCGAGCCAUGGGGACCAGAUGAGGUCAUUAAUACAUGGAGGUCAUAGUGAUGUACAGUAGCAGAGAAUGUUUCAUCAACAAAAGGACGGGAGGAACAAUACCAAUAUAUAUGGUCUCAUAAAGCAGUUCCAAAAAGUUAAAGAGUGGGGAGAACAUUUCUGUAACAGCUGAAAAAAGUAACAAUAUGACUGACUUAAAAAAGUACUGUGAAUAAUGCAUUGCAAGACAGCAUGCAGGUUAUGCGACAUGAUGGAUACCGAGACAAUCUGUCCCAAUAACCACAAUAUGUUUUUUCUUCUGAAUUUAAUGGAAGUAAAGUAGACCAAUUUUGGGCAGCGGCGGCAGAACGGUUUUCAAACUGGGGGCAUCACCAAAAAGGGGCACUUGCUCAGUAAAAGGCAUCUUCUGUCGUUGCAGCAGCCUAUCAAGCAUUUUUCUGUGUGGCACAUCCGUGCUGAAAUGUCACAUUUUUUUUCACCGGAAAAUCAAAUGAUUGGGGGGGGGGGGAGUAUUUAAGUUUGUAAGCAUGACACUGCUUAUUUUCAGCAUUUACUGUGUUCCAAUGUGACACAAUUUCUGUAAGUAUUGGGUACAUGCAAGUCUUCAAAUUUCCAUUCAUAAUUUUGCCUGUAGAGAUUGCUGUUGAUUGCAAAAUAAAAUGUCCAAUAAUUCCAUUGUCUUUGCAUCCAGUGUUGCUCUUUAAAUUGUCCACUUUUUCCUUUCAAAGAUUGUUAGAGAAUUUUUUUUAAAUAUCCAAUUUUUGAAAAUGUUCAUAAUAGCUAUCAACUGUUAAUAUAAAACUGUAAUCCAAUAUGCUCUAGAACGAAUAAGAUACAUAUUUGUAGAUAGCAAAGUCGGAACAUUAUUCAAAGUUAUUAAAAUUGUUACAAUGUUGGAAAAUAAAUUGUGAGCAUCAGUCACAAAGUACAAGUCUU